AUGAAGGCCCCGUAUUUUCAGAGCCAACGCACAGCCUUAUAUGAAGAGGCUGGCGAGCGACUUCUGAGUCAAGGCAAAGCCUACCGCUGCUACUGCACCCCGGAAGAAUUACAGGCAAAACGUGAAACUGCUCAGGCUGAAGGACGCCAACCUGCCUAUGAUGGAACGUGUCGGGAUUACACUCCUGAGCCAGGUGAUACGCGGCCGUUUACCGUCCGCUUUAAGAGCCCAAAAGAAGGCGAGACUAGCAUUGAUGACCUCAUUAAAGGCCGCGUCGUGUUUCAGAAUCAAGAACUGGAUGACCUGAUUCUCGUCCGCUCCGAUGGCUCGCCAACAUAUAAUUUCUGUUCUGUAUUCGAUGAUGCAGAUUUGCGGAUUUCCCAUGUCGUGCGUGGCGACGACCAUCUCAGCAAUACGCCUCGGCAAGUCCUCAUUUUUCAGGCGCUUGAUGCAACUCCACCUGCCUUUGCCCAUUUACCAUUGAUUCUCGGCCCUGAUCGUGUACGGCUCAGUAAACGGCAUGGCGCAACUUCAGUCACAGCCUACCGUGAAAUGGGCUAUCUACCGGAUGCAUUGGUCAAUUUUAUUGCCCGUUUAGGCUGGUCACAUGGCGAUGAAGAAAUCUUCUCCCGAGCUGAACUCAUCCAAAAAUUUCACCUUGCUGACGUUGGUAAAUCCGCCGGGGUAUUUAACGCUGAGAAACUUGAAUGGCUCAAUUUUCAAUACCAGCAAGCGCGUGAGCCCGCUCACAUUACCCAAGAGGUAAAACCCUUUUUGACUGAUAAAGGCUAUAGCCUGCCGGAUGAUGUCCAGCUCAGCCGUAUGCUGAAAACCCUCCAGCCACGGGCCAAAACUUUAGUUGAAUUGGCUGCGGCAAGCCAUUUUUACCUCACGGAAACAGUCACCUUUGAAGAAAAAGCGGCCAAGAAAUUUUUGACCCAGGACGGCUUAACAAUCGUCGAAAAAGUCCGUGGCAAACUGAAGACGGCACCAGACUGGACUGAGGAAGCCCUGCAUGCCGUCUUCACCAGUCUGAUGGAAGAGCUCGAGCUCAAACUUGGCAAGAUUGCUCAGCCUAUCCGCGUUGCGCUCACGGGCGGCACGGCAAGUCCUGGUAUUUUUGAGGUCAUGGAGGUAUUGGGCAAGGAGCAGACGCUGGCCCGGCUUGAUACCGCAUUAACAACUGUCAGAGAUGGAAACACUAACGUUUCCGCUUGA